UCUAUGGAUUUGGUUAGCACCUAGCACUGCUAGGUGAUGACUACCUAAAACUGUUAUUAUUACUGUUGCAAAGCUGCGUGCUUACUGAAACCCUAGUUUUUUCCUUCAUUUUUGCAUAUCGUGCAUCACCGGCAUCUGGAACCUUAUUUAAGAAGUAGCCCACCAGUGCUUGUUUAUCUAGGGGCAGAUAAACUCCGGCAAAGUUCUAAAGUAAGAAAAAUGAAGACCAUGAGAGGGCAGGUUCUCCUCUGUAUUCCAGCAAAGAAGGCAUGGGAAAUUUUUAGAAACAACGAGAUCCUAAGCAAGAUAAAUCCAAACAUGCUUGCUAGUGCUGAAUACCUUCGAGGAGAUGGCAGCCCUGGGAGCUUAAGGCUGUUUAAAUUGGGACCUGCACUGAACGGCUAUGUAAAGGAAUCAACACAGAAGAUAGAGAAGGUGGAAACAGGCAAAUCAGUAGCAUAUCAGGUUGUGGGGGGUGAGCUGAAGGGCAUGUAUGAUCCCUACCAUGUCACCUUCACGUUCCUUCCUGUUCCUGGGGAGGAUGAGCAGUGCAUUGCAGAAUGGAAGGCCGAGUUCAAACCUCUUUCUCCAGCCACACCACCACCUGAGAAGGCCAAGGAUGCUGCUCUUCAAUUUCUAAAAUCGUUCGAAAGACCUGAGCUUUGUGUCUAAGGCAUCUCUAAAUAAGACGUGGUGUAACUAGCUUAACAUAUGUUUAAGUCGUGGAGUGCGUGCGAUGCAUAAGCAUCUGAGGAUGUAUUACCGUCAGAAGUGUCUCAGAAGGGUGUGUUAUGAAUAAUGCAUGGUGGUU